CAGGAGACCCUUGCCCAGACUGACAGCACAAACUAGAGCUCCAUGGCAUGCUGGAGCAGCCUGUGCCCACAAGGGGCUCUCUGGGAGUAGGCCAGUAGCUGGGCGCUCGCUGGCUGCCGGCCACCUCCAGGUGCAUUUUAGUAUCUGCCUAACUGCUAAAAACAGUUGUGGCUACACAGUGACCAGAGCAAACGGUUCCUGUCACCCCUCGCACAGGCCUGCCUGCUGAGACAAGAAAUGGGGGGUGCGAGGGCAGCCCAGGAGCACAGCAGAGCCCACAGUCAAUUGGGCGCUCGAGAAGCAGGGCCCCAAAAGGGAGUGACACCCCCAACAGACACAGGAUGGUGAUUCGUCAUAGGUGCCGCCAAUCAUCCACUGAUUAGCCAGGCAAACUAGGAAGUCCUGCCUCCUUAGAGGAGUCUCAGGCUGGGAUUGGCCUCUGUGCUUGUCUAUUAUUCUGGUGCAAUCCAGAAAGUCCCGCCCUUCAGUCGCUCCCAGGGGAAGGAUAGGUGUCCUGAGAUGCCCAUCAUUUUCGGCAUGGCCCCGGAAGUCCGGCGUCGUACGGCAGCUGAUUGGUUGGCACUGGCCAGUGCGCCUUCUGUCAAGUAUCAGACCCUGCGCCUCAGCCACGUUGGAAGUCCUGCCUCCUCUGCGCUCCGAUUAGUCGACUGCUCCAUCCUUCACAGCCGGGCUUAGGGGAAGUCCAGGAAGUCCCGCCCCCAGAAUACUCUUCGGGGCCGUUUCUCGCGCUCGCUCUUCAAUCGAUGCACUCGGCGCUCGACUGCGCGCCUUGCCCCACCGGCUCUGGCUCCGCCCCCUCCGCCCCCGGCCAGCGGCUGCAGCGCCCGGGACACCCGAGAGCGGGACCCUCCCGGCCCCGAACCCCCCCGGGUCCUAGCGUCCCCCUUUCCCUCGGCCCCGGGUCCUAGCGCCCACCUGCUCUCCUCUGAACCUCCAGGGUCCUAGCGCCCCGUGGGCCUUAGUGGCCAUCCGCCCUAUCCUGGGUCCUAGCGCUUCCUUCCCCUCCCCCCAUGCACUCCAGGUCCUAGCGCCCACCCCUUCCCCCUCGGGCCCGGGUCCUAGCAUCCAUCGCACCGGUCCCCCUGCACCCCGGGGUCCUAGGGCUCUCCCUGUCCCUCCCCCUGCACCUCUGAGUCUAGGCUUUCAGCCCCUCGCUCGUGAUCUCCCUCCCUCCCCCAGCCACCCUGGUCCUAGAGCUUUUUACCCAUCCCUCUCCCCUUGUGCCCCCCCAUCCUAGUGCCACCCCUGCUUAUCCUUCAGCACCCCCCCUCCUGCUCCUAGCUCACCUCUCUCAGCCUCUUCCCCCACUUCCCCACCCUGUCCAUCCCUCAGUGCCCCCCAGCAUGGAGGCGCAGUGUGAGUACUUCAUGUACUUCCCAGCUGUGCCCUUCCCGGCCCGGGAGCUGCUGCGUGGCGAGCCGGGCCGGUACCGUGCGCUGCCACGCCGCAACCACCUGUACCUGGGCGAAACUGUCCGGUUCCUGCUGGUGCUGCGGGGCCGGGCAGGUCCAGUUGCCGCCCGGCCGCCCUGGGGGGAGCUGGGCUCCUCCCUGUCUGCACUAGCUAGUGUCAGCCCCUGGGUGGGGCCAGAAGAUGCAGAGCCCCCCGAGGGGCCGGGCACAGAUGGGGCUGCACCACCCCCAAACCCCAGCCAAUUCCGAGACUGCUGUCCCUUGCUGACCCACGGCCAGGGCCCCCCUGGGCGGCCAGCAGCAGGGGUGAGAAGGGACCCGGGGGAGAUCCCUGUGGAGGAGCCAAUUGUCUCUGCGGAUGAGGUGAUUUUCCCCCUGACGAUUUCCCUGGACAAGCUGCCACCCGGCACUGUCAAGGCUAAGAUUGUGGUGACAGUAUGGAGGCGGGAGCAGGAGGCACCAGAGGUCCGGGAACAUGGAUACCUGAGCCUGCUGCAGAAUCGGGCGCCGGGCCAGCUCUUCCAUGAGGAGCAGGGUGCCUUCAAAGCCCAAGUGAGCACCAUGCUGACUGUGCUGCCCCCGCCGGGCCUGAAGUGCCGCCAGCUCAAUGUAUCUGGAAAAUAUCCCACAGNNNCCUCAGUGCUGAACGGCUGCUCCCAGGACGAGAUUUCACUGUGGGACAUUCGUAUCCUGCCCAACUUUAAUGCCAGCUACCUGCCUAUGCUGCCCGACGGCUCCGUCAUGCUGGUAGAUGACGUCUGCCAUCACUCAGGUGAGGUGCCCGUAGGUGCCUUCUGCCGCGUGGCUGGCGCUGGCUCCAGCUGUCCCUGUGCCCUGAGUGCCCUGGAGGAACAAAACUUCCUGUUCCAGCUGCAGGCGCCUGAGAGGCCGCAGGAGGACACCAAGGAGGGUCUGGAGGUGCCCCUGGUGGCUGUGGUUCAGUGGUCAACGCCCAAACUCCCCUUCACCAGCAGCAUCUACACCCACUACAGGCUGCCCAGCAUCCGGCUGGACCGGCCACGAUUUGUGAUGACUGCUGCCUGUGAGUCGCCCGUGCCCCUGCGCCGCCGCUUCACCGUCACCUACACCCUGCUCAACAACUUGCAGGACUUCCUGGCCGUGCGGCUGGGCUGGACCCCGGAGAGUGCCACGGCCGGGAAGAAGCUUUCCAGUGAAGAGCGCCGGGCCACGCAGGCUGCCCUCGACUCCAUCGUGUGCCAUACGCCUCUCAACAGCUUGGGCUACUCCCGCAAGGGCAGCGCCCUGAGCGUCCGCGUCGCAUUCCAGGCCCUGCGCACAGGCCUCUUUGAGCUGUCCCAGCACAUGAAGCUGAAGUUGCAGUUCACGGCCAGUGUCUCGAAUCCACCUCCCGAUGCCCGGCCUGUGUCACGCAGAGGCAGCCCUGGCAGCCCAGCUGUGCGGGAUCUGGUUGAGCGGCACCAGGCUGGUCUGGGCCGGUCUCAGUCUUUCUCCCACCAGCAGCCAUCCCGCAGCCAUCUCAUGAGGUCAGGCAGUGUCAUGGAGCGCCGCGCCAUCACCCCACCCGUGGGCUCCCCUGUGGGCCGCCCCCUUUACCUGCCCCCUGAGAAGAGCAUCCUGUCGCUGGACAAGAUUGCCAAGCGUGAGUGCAAGGUGCUGGUGGUGGAGCCGGUCAAGUGAAUGGGCCAACACCUCACUCCCUACUGCUGAGCUGGACAAGAGACCCCCUCCCACCACCAUCAUCUAGCCCAUGGGCUGCUGUGGGGGGGAGUCUGGGAUGUGCCAAGGGGGAGGGAAGCACAGACUUUGGGGUGUAGCAGAAACCAUGGCUGCUGCUUGGGGAAGGCUGGGGGACCAUGUUCUGGGGAAUUCUGCUGCUGGCCAGGGGCUGAACGUGUCUCAGUGCGGGUUCACAGUCACUGUUUACAAACCCCUUCGCUUCCUGCAUUGCCUUUUUCAUUGGAGGGGGGAGGGGGGGCCGCACGGGUACUGGAAUCAGAAACUUCUUUCCCAUGAGCCUGUGGGGUGGCUCGCUGCCCCCCUUCCAGCUGGGAAAGCAUUGCCAACUCCACUCCUGACCAUGGGAAGGAAGGGUAGGUCCUGGCUGUGCCCCCCCCUGCUGUGGGGACUCAUUGGAUCCAGGCCUCCUGUGCACUUUAGUUACAUGUUUUUGUUAUUUAUUUUUCUCUAAAGCAGCUGCAAUUUGGGUCUGAAUAAAUUACAUGAGAUGGAACCAGCCUUGCUCUGUGUGUGCACUGGGGGUGGGGGGCAUGAUGGGUAGAGACCCUCUGUGAGACUGGCAGUCACCCUCCCCCAGCCAGGGCCAGUGUUGGAGCAGGAAGAGUGCUCACUGUUGCAGCUCCCCACCCCAGCCCUUCCUAAGAGGUUGUGUAGAGUGGUGCUGCCAGAGCUGCUCACUGAGCGUCACCCCCAGGAGUUGCCCAGGAGGGAGGGGCAGGGGAGAAGAGGAGAGAGCUGAGGCCCAUGGGGAAUCAUG